GACAUGGAAGUGCACGAUCCAAUGUGAGCAAACUCCCAGGAAAGAUGUGGGGCAGGAAAGGAGCCGAGCAGUGAUGUUACCAGGCUCAGAGAAGUCUUCAGAAAUAAGUGUGUAGGCAGGCAGUGACCUCUCCUGGUGCAGAAUGCCACAUCCAAACCCACCAAUUCCAUCUUUGGAGCCAGUUUUUUCUUUUUCUUCUUCCUACAGGAUGAGGAUCCUUAUUGGAAGUCUUUAUUUCUACUUCAUUUCUUUCUUAUUCAGUAAAGCAAAUGGAUUCCUAAUUCAGAGAACAUCUCCAGUGUCUUCCUUCCCAUUUUAUAACUACUCUUACUUAAACCUCUCUUCUGUAUCAGAAGCACGAGCUCCCAAAACAGCAAGAGCUCUCAACUUCUCCCAUAAUGCAAUUGAAAAAAUAACCCAAAGAGACUUUGAAGGUUUUGAUGUCCUAGAAGUUCUGGACCUUUCCUACAAUCACAUUAAGGACAUUGAACCUGGCGCAUUUGAGAACCUGCUCAGUCUUGUUUCUGUGGAUUUAUCAUUUAAUGAUAAGAAUCUUCUGGUAUCUGGUCUUGCAGCUCGCCUGAAACUCAAACUGAGCAGCGGAGCUUCAGAGCCUUCACAGAUCUAUAUGUUAUUUCAAAAACCAGCUGAGGCUGCUCUUGAGCCUUCUGCACCAGCUAAACUGCUGCCACAUUUGGAAGAUCCAUCCGAUCCUGGAAAUGUUAGGCCAGGGCUCAGACGAAGAAGAUCAGAGGAAAAUACAACUUCCCCUCCAGAAGCCACGCUGAGACCCGACUUGUGUGCGGCACCGACCAAUGGGUUACUUGACCUGUCAGGGACCAAACUGUCUAAUGAAGAGCUGACAGCAAAACUGGAUGCAGACCUCUGCCAAGCUCAGCUGGGUGCUGUUCUGGAGUUUAACAUUAGUCACAGCGACCUGGAAAUGGAUCUUCUAUCUCUGUUCAUCCUGUUUUUGCCAAUGAAAGAUAUACAGUCCGUUGAUGCCAGCAACAACAAAAUAACGAUUAACAACAUAGACGUUGAAGCAAUCUGCCACUUCCCAUUCAGCAACUUUUCAUUUUUAAAUAUCAGCAACAAUCCCAUAAACAGCCUGGAAACAAUGUGCCUCCCGCCGACUAUCACGGUCAUCGAUCUGUCCUUCACAAACAUCAGUACAAUACCAGCAAAUUUUGCUAAGAAGUUAUCUAAAUUAGAACGCAUGUAUGUUCAAGGAAACCAGCUCAUAUAUACUGUGCGUCCAGAAAGCUCCAGUGCAACGCCAAGGCCUCUCCCUGGAACUGUACGCAUCAGCGCCAUUUCCUUUGUCAGAAACCAGGCUGGGACACCCAUCGAGAGCCUUCCAGAGAGAGUAAAACACCUGAAAGUGUCCAACUGCUCCAUUGUAGAACUUCCAGAAUGGUUUGCCAACAGAAUGCAAGACCUACUAUUUCUGGAUCUCAGCAGCAAUCGGAUUUCCAUGCUUCCUGACUUACCUCUUUCUCUGCAGCACCUCGACAUCAGUAACAGCGAUAUUAAGAUAAUACCCCCUGGGUUUAAAUCUCUCUCCAACUUAACUGUAUUUAAUGUUCAAAACAAUAAAAUUACAGACAUGCAUCCCGAAUACCUCCCGUUGACUUUAAGGACAUGUGAUAUUAGUAAAAAUAAGCUGAAGGUGCUGUCAUUAACCAGAGCCCUGGAGAACCUCGAAUCGCUUAACGUCUCUGGAAACCUCAUCACCAGACUGGAACCUUCCAGCCAACUUUCUGCUCUCACUAACCUGGACUGUAGUCACAAUCUGAUCUCAGAACUCCCUGACCACUUUGGGCAAUCUCUCCUGAUGCUGAAGCAUUUUAAUUUAUCGGGGAAUAAGAUCUCCUUCCUUCAGCGCGGCUCCCUCCCAGCUUCUCUGGAGGAGCUGGACAUUAGCGACAAUGCCAUCACUACCAUAGUGCAGGAUACUUUUGGACAGUUAACAAGGUUGAGUGUUCUGACUGUUCAAGGUAAACAUUUCUUUUGUAACUGUGACUUAUACUGGUUUGUGAACGUCUAUAUCCAUAACCCACAUUUGCAGAUAAAUGGCAAAGAUGAUCUCAGGUGCAGCUUUCCACCAGACAGACGAGGCUCGCUGGUGAAGGGCAGUAAUCUCACACUUCUGCACUGCUCCCUGGGCAUUCAGAUGGCCAUUACAGCUUGUGUGGCCGUCCUGGUUGUCCUGGUGCUAACAGGCUUAUGUUGGCGCUUUGAUGGACUGUGGUAUGUGAGAAUGGGCUGGUACUGGUGUAUGGCAAAGAGGAAGCAGUACAAGAAGAGGCCAGAAAACAAGCCCUUCGAUGCCUUCAUUUCAUACAGUGAGCACGAUGCAGAGUGGACAAAAGAGAAUCUACUGAAAAAACUGGAAACUGAUGGAUUCAAGAUAUGUUAUCAUGAGAGAGACUUCAAACCGGGGCAUCCUGUACUCGGUAACAUCUUUUACUGCAUAGAGAACAGCCAUAAAGUCCUUUUUGUUCUCUCUCCCAGUUUUGUAAAUAGCUGCUGGUGUCAGUAUGAACUGUAUUUUGCUGAACACCGGGUCCUGGAUGAAAAUCAGGAUUCCCUCAUUAUGAUAGUGCUGGAAGACCUCCCGCCCAACAGCGUGCCUCAGAAGUUCAGCAAACUCAGGAAGCUGCUGAAAAGAAAAACCUACUUAAAGUGGAGCCCCGAAGAACACAAACAGAAGAUGUUCUGGCAUCAGCUGGCAGCUGUCCUAAAAACAACCAACGAACCACUGGUGAGAGCAGAAAACGAGCCCAGUGAGGAUAUCAUUGAGAUGGAAUGAGAGACAAGGACUUACACAGACUGUGCCUGGAAAGCCAGCAGUCAAAUAAGUGUGUUUCCAUGAUUACCUUCUGCAGAGCCUGCUGUGUUGUUAUCCAGAGGGCUGAGAGCACUGGUAAACAGCCUUUCAUUUCUGGGUGCUUGAUUUUCUUCAGUCAUUACUAGCAUUUCUUAAAAUGUUGUGGUUGUCACCUGAAAGGAAGAACAGCUUGAGUCAUACUGCAGAUCCUAACUAUCUCUGGGAGAUUACUGCAGAAAUAAUGGAGAGCAAUGUGAUUCAAAUACAAUGCGCUUCAGAUUCUUAAGUCUAGGACAGCUUCAAAUAGAACGCACUAGACUACCAUUACAACCAGAUGACCAAGAACAAGCCAGCUGAGUGUGCCAGCCUGUGCUGUUAAAUAAUUGGUGAUUUAUCUAAAUGCUGCUACCACAAACCUCUGAAGAACGGGCAAGAAAAUUCUGUAUAAUGAUGUUUAAGGAAAUUUCACCUGACACGAUCAGCCUAAUCCAUUUUCAAAUCAUUUCGGUGCUACUUCCGCCUAGUCACCAUCAUCACAUAAAGCUACUUACUUAUAUUACAUGAAAAAAUAAAAGGAUUAUCAGCUGAUCUGACACAUUCCACAUUCAAGCGAGAAAAGCAGGUCCUGGCAGUAAAUAAGUAUCAGCUGAGAACCGAUCAUUUAGUGUAGCACAACCUGGAUUCGUUUGUAAGAUGAGCAAACACAAACCACCUGGCUGGUUCUGAUAGUCCAAGUGGGCUAAAGGAAAGAAAAAGACUAGAUAUACCAAAGGAAUAUACUAAAGGAAGUCGUUUUUGUCAUACAGCUGAUUACUUCAGUUUAAUUUGUGCUUGAAAGAAAUUGUGGCUAUGUAUUUUCAAAAUGCAAUCACUCUUCUAUUUACUACAUCCAUAAACCUCCUCCAAAAAGACAGUUAUUAAAUAGAAUCUAAAACUUAAAUCAGAUAUUGUUUGAAUGAAGUUGUUACACUUGCCUGUCAGACACUAUAAACACAUGAACACAUUGGUUGCUUUAGGAGCACAAUGGGCACAUGGGGUUAAGCAGGAGAGUAUUACAGGGUGCUUUAAAGGGACUCACUUUCCUUUGCCUUAAUUACAUUUCACAUAAAGGAAAUAAAACCUCCUCCUAUCCCAAAUCUAUAUCCUCUCCUCUUUACUCCCGCACAAACAUUCAGUGCAAAUUACUUUUGUGAACUACUUCUGUGAAUUAGGCCAGAAGGGUUUAAUCUCCUGUCAUGUGACAAAGCUCAGGAGACCCAAAGCAAAUGCACACAUACAGCAAACUCAAAAACCUCAUGUUUCAUGCCUCAUGUCCAAACCAGUCUUAGCACACAUCUUGAACUCCCACAAGGUCCAUCCCAGGCCCUGCCCUACGCUCUGCAGUAUGAGAUUGGUCCAAACCCCAUGUAUUUUUACCUCCAAAUUAAGAGAAAUGCAAAGAGAGAAAAAAAGCAAACCACGCAGCUUUUAAAUAUCUUUUGUAAUCAUGUCAGUAAGAACCACGUCUGGGCAGAGGGAACAGGCUUACUGAAACACUUUCAAUUUUACAUCAGUAUUAGAAAGUUGUCUGCAUUCAUUUUAUUGCAAUAAAGCCAUAUCGAAUGAUUCAAAGUUAAUUAAAAUACAGAGUGCUAAACAAAGAACAGUGUUCAUAAAGUAAGAGCCUUCCAGGAAAAUCUUGAAAACAGUUUGGUUAACAAAUAGCCCAAACCAACAACGACUCACACACAGCAGUGAGGUGAAUGAAGAAACAAACCACCUUCCCAUCGUGACCAUUCUGUUAUAGGGGUGUCAUCCUUCUACCACAGGCACCAGAAGCCCCUGGCACGGUCACUCUGGAGGUACUACAGCUCUACUGAAGCCAACAGCAGCCGAGAGGCAACUGCUUGCUUGGAAAAGAUCCAUCCGCUUGAAGCAGUGAUUGUCAGGAAUUGAAAUGCCUGCAGAUGGUUCCAGCUCCUAUGGACGCCCCACAACACACUGCACGACACAAGCGGGUGGGUUUAUAAGAAAUACUUCUGUUGUUUGCUCACAGUGUCAACCACUAGAUAAAGAGUGUAGGUAGACAUAUUAAACUUUAAAUCGAAUCGACAUUGCUCUUUGCAGGAUGAGAUCAAAGCCUCAUAGUGGCCCAGCUCCUCCAACAACUUGUUACUCUUGUUCUAACAGCUGUUCAUAGCUGUCAGGAAUGUCUUGGCCAAUCUCUCCCACUUCCCACCCUU